UUUGUUUCUUAAUUUCUUGAAUUGAAAGUAUCCGUCAAAAUAAUCAAUUUAUUCUGUAAUGUCAAGUGUCAUAUAUGCUGACUGUCGAAUGUGUCAAUUGUGGUAAUGUGAGGGUUAGAGUGACAGUGAGCCUGGCAAAUUCAAUUCUAAGUUGGUUCUACUAUUUGUAUUGCGUUCUUUUUGCUACACAAGCAUGAAUAUCAAUCUCUUCAAAUAGACUUCAAGAAUAUAAAAUGAUUUCUCAGUUUUUCAGAACAGUUUUGCGUAAGAAAAACAAUACCGGUAUCCGCUGCUAUGCAAAAAGUAAUAAUCCCCUUGAAAAGACUUUAAAUAUCAUAGCUAAAGAUAUUCCUUCCUAUUUUGGUUCAAAGGACAAGUCUAUAUUAUAUCCAGAGCAUACCGAUGUAGUUAUCAUAGGUGGAGGUUACAUAGGAUCUGCAAUUGCUUAUUGGUUAAAAAAGAGGGCCAGCGAUGGUUUAUCUGUAGUAGUCCUUGAAAAAGACUUUACUUAUAAAAAUUCACAAAACUGUGUAUCAUUGGGUACAUUAAACCAACAUUUUUCUCUGCCAGAAAAUAUUGAACUUUCUAAAUACUCAGUUGAUUUUUUGAGGAAUGUAAAUGUGAACUUGGGGUAUGAUGUGGACAUUCAAUACACUCCUACCGGUGCCCUAACGCUGGCAAGUGAACAAUAUGCACAGAAAUUGGAGCAAAAUGUAACAAUAUUGAAUGAACUUGGUAUUAAGAAUGUUCUACUAACAGCAUCUGAUAUAAAAGCAAAAUAUCCAUGGAUAAAUACAGAUGAUGUUAAAUUAGGUUGCAUGGCAAUAGAGGCUGAAGGAACAUUUAAUUCUUGGGCUUUAUUAAGAUCAUUGGUGAAAAAGUCCAGAGAAAUGGGAGCCAAUUAUGUAAAUGGUGAAGUAGUGGGUUUUGAACUAGAAAAACAAAAAGAUGUGCUCAUGGAAGGUGUAGCCCCAGGAGGAUAUGAAAGACUUAACAGGGUUAUAUAUAAAGCUGCAGAUCAAGAAGAAUAUUCAAUCAAAUUUGCUAUUUGUAUCUUAGCGGCUGGUAGUGACUCUGCCCACAUAGCAAGAAUGGCAAAAAUAGGAACAGGAGAUAGUAUUUUAAGUAUACCACUCCCAAUUGAAGAAAGAACAAGUGAUAUUUAUUCUAUUGAAGAUAUAGCUGUAAAAACAGGUUUGAACACUCCACUAGUAACAGAUACCACAGGAUUAUGGCUGAUGAGAAGUGGUUUGGGCAGUAAUUUGUUAUGUGGAACUUUACCACUCAUGAAUGAUGACACUAAGAACAUGUCGAAAACAGAUUAUUUAGAAAAUGUAAUCAAGCCUUCCCUAGUAAAUCGUUUUCCAAUGUGUAAAAAUGUCAAGUUAGAGAUAUUUAAUACUGAUAAAUAUGACUGCAACACAUAUGACAACAGUGGAAUAAUAGGACCACAUCCAUACCAUAACAACUUAUUUCUUGCAACUGGAUUUGGCAAAUUAGGAUGCCAACAUGCGCCAGGUAUUGGAAGAGCAAUAAUGGAACUUAUUAUUGACAGUCAAUACACAACCAUAGACCUGACUAGGUUUGGGUUCGACAGAUUAUUAGUUAAUGAAAGAAGUAUAGAAUUCAAUGUAUAUUAACUAGUCAAAGUUUGAGUUUGUAAUGAAAUUAAAGAUAGAAUUGUUUAAUUAAAACUUUUUUUCAAACCAAAUCUAAGUACCUAGAACAUAAGUUAUUAAAUAAAUUCACACAACUGAUUACACUAUGAAAUGCACUGCAUUACUUAAACUGAGCUGGAGGUGCUGCAAACAGGGCUCCACCUUGUUUUGAUGCAGCACGAGAUGGAGCAAAUCCUAGCAGUUUUUGAAUGUUUUACCUAAUGCUCAUUGUACACAAUAUGUAGAGGAAUAUAAAUGAGCAGUCAGUGUAGUCAUCACCAGGUAAGUUUCUGUGACUGAGUCCUUGAAUCCAUGAGAUAGGGUAAAAUGGAAGUUUAGCCACCACUCUACCAUCAAAUAUGCUAUUGAACAUACUGAGUAAAGCUGUGAAUGCAAAACCAAUAGCAAACAUAGACUUCAUUUUAACUAGAGAAAGAUCUCUAUUAUUAUUCUUCAGCCGUUCUUCUUCCCUCUCAAUUUUCUUUUUAUGUUGUUUAUCCAAUGAGUCCCCAUGAGCUUCUUUCCUUUUUUCCACUUUUUUGCUUUGGCGUUCAACCUCAACCUUAAGUUUUUGGUACUUUUCUGUUCGGUAAACCAGGAUCCAUGUUAGACCUUCACCUAAAAAUGCAGUACAUAUAGAAAUAAAUACAAUCAGCAAAGAAUCGCUCCACAUUAUGAAUCGCGGAUUAGUUAUAAUAACUAAUCAGACCAAGUAUCAGACAAAACUCAACAGGUUAAAAUCGAAAAAAAUACAAUCCAGUACAAUAGAACUAUAAUGUUUACUGAUAUUUUAAUAUUUCAAUGGUUAAAUAGUACUUCGACAGUGACUUCCAUGAAGUAAUUUUCACAAACUAAAACUAGUCAGUAUGAAGUAAUCACAGAGGACAUUAAUCUAGAAGUAUAGUAAAUGUCUUUUGUUAGGUGACGUGACGUUACAGACAAUUGCAGUUGUGACAGUGACAUUUAGCUAGUUGGAGACUGGGUUGUCAUUCAAUAAACAAACGUAACAUAAAAAAAUAUCUUGACCUACACGAUAAUAAAG